AUGGCAAAUGAUCGACCAGAGGCCGAGAGGAGCACGGCACCGACAGUCUCAGUAGAUCGCUCGGUGCUCGCGAGCCUAGAGAUUCGGACGUCGGCGGACAUCAUAGAGGCGACGGAGGAGGAGUACGGAGAGGACAGGCGACGUAUGGGUUACCAAUGGCAGAUUCGGAAGCCGCGAGUGGCGCCGCUGGGCCGUCCGAUCGACGAGACUGGGAAUGGGGGUGCGGACGUUAUUCCUUCUGUAAGGCUGAGCACGCUGCCGGACCCGAAGAGAGUAGGUCCCGGUAAUGCUAGCCAGCCAGCGCCAAAGCGGAAGAGAGCCAUGGUCCGUCGAGAGAGGGACGAGGAAGAACAGAUGCGGAAUCUAGCUAGUGUCUUAGGAACCCUCGAAGAAGAAUUCGCCGAGAAGAAGCAACUCUCCUACGGAUAG